UUCUUCGUUGAAUGAACAUGGCAUCUGCCAAAAACUACAUUAAAUCUAUUGUUGUGCUUGUAACAUUUGUUUCAACUGCACGACAAGAAUGUAUUAGAGACGCAUAUACGGUGCCGCAGGGAGAUAUAGUGCUUCGUUAUGGAGAAGCUUUGAAUAUUACUUGUAAUUUGCUCAAAGAGGGCGCUGGUAAGGACGAUUUAAAUGCGAGUUCUCGAUUAUUUUUCAUGCGAGAUAAUAAGCCUGUUCCACCCGAGAUGGUCAAAAUCAUCAAUUCUACUAGCAUUAACUUAUACGUUGGAGAACAUCCAAAAACGACAGAAGCUAAUUAUUAUUGUUACUUUAAUGCAACUGAAGGCAGUCGAAUGAUUUGUAUGAACUCUGUUUAUGUUGGUGAAAAUUUAACGGUUACGACUACGUCACCCCAUUCCAUAGAACUUUCGUGGACGAUUCCCGACUCUAUGAUUAAAUUUCCACCAGGACUUCAUCAUAGGGUGUUAUACCGAUCGGAAUAUGAAGAAGAGUGGCACUUGGGAGGCAUUAUAAGAGGGGUUAAAAAUAGAACCCUGUGGUUCACAUUAGAAAACCUGAAAUACGCUCAUACUUUAUACGAUAUCAGAGUUAGUAUGAGGUCUUCGGUGGCAGAUGAAGACGAUGAGUCUAUGUGGUCGGGAAACGCAACGAUAACCGUCAGAACGGAAAGAGCGGUGUCCGACGGUCCUUCUAAAUUUUAA